AUGUGUGAAAAAACAUUCGAAGAAAACAAUGACUUGGUGCGAGAAGGUUGUGAAAAAUUCUAUCUGGACUCGAAUACAGCCGAUCUUAAUUUCAUAUUCGGAGCUGGUUCUGACCGUAUCGAAAGUGUGCCUGCCCAUAAAAUCAUUUUAUCGAUCAGCAGCCCGGUAUUCGAAACGAUGUUCUACGGUUCGUUGAAGGAAAAGGCAAAAAUUCCGAUCGUUGACGCCACUGCCGAAGCAUUCAAAGAGUUUUUGCAGCUUUUUUACUUGACCAGAGUGCGUUUAACCGGCGAAAAUAUUAUCGAAGUAUCGAAUUUGUGUAAAAAAUACGAAGUGAUCCAGGGGAUAAAAGUGUGUGAAACUCCAUUGAAAAGGUCAUUGACCUUUAACAUCAACGAUGUGUGCUCUGGCUAUGAAGUGGCUCUUCUACUCGAACUAGAAAAUGUCGUCGAAUUUUGUGAGCAAAACAUUCGAGAAAAUGCACUAGAAGUGCUACAGACAACGGGGUUUUCGGAAUGUGAUGCAAAGUUAUUCAACAAAAUACUUCGAUUGGUGUCGUCAAGUUGUCGGGCUGCUUUUGUUAUUGGCAAAAAUGAACCUCUGGUUAUCAUCGACAUUUCACUCUCUUCAACGGAAGAAUCGCACAUCAAAUUAACGAAAUCAAUUAUCAUCGAUCCAAACAUUGAGUAUGGUAUUUAUGUCGAGCCAAACAACGGAAUCGAAAGCAUUCGUUGGCCAAGAAUACCGCUUAGUUCAAUGGUAGAAUUAGGAAAUAGUAUUGAAAUUCAUUUCAGCAGUGGCUAUGGCCUAGUUACAGGUUUAGUUCUACAGCGAUCAGAGGUUUAG